GCAUCUGAUUAUGAAAUUCGACAGUAUGAACCUGCCAAAUGGGUAUGCACAUCUCUUAAAACCAUAGACUGGGAUGCAGCCAUCAAUACUGGCUUCAUGAAGCUCUUUAACUAUAUUAAGGGCAAGAAUGAAAAAGGAACAAAGAUAGCUAUGACAGCUCCAGUGACAUGCUAUGUCCAGCCAGGGGCUGGCCCGUUCAGUGAGUCCGUCACAACAGUUGCCUUUUAUUUACCAUCUCAGUACCAGGCAAACCCACCCAAGCCUUCAGAAGCAGAUGUCUUCAUCGAAACCAAGCCAGGAAUUACGGUGUUUGUCAGAUCAUUUGGAGGAUUUGCUAAAGCGAAAAGAAAUCAAGAUGAAAUACAGGCACUUGCUGAAAGUUUGAAGCGGGAUGGAAGAGCAUUUCAAGAAAAGGUCUAUUAUAGUGCUGGUUACGAUAGUCCAUUUAAAUUGCUGAACAGACAUAAUGAAGUUUGGCUUAUCAGAAAAAGCUAAAAUAUUAGUACAGCAAUACAGAUUACAGUAUUAACUUUUAAAUGCCUACUUAAUGUAGUUUUCCUUAUAUGAAAGCUGUGUUUUUGUAUAUUUUCUAACGUAUUUCUUUGCUUCUACCAUUGCCUAAAUUUCUAUGCUGCUUUAAAAUGGAUUUUUUUUUUUGGCUACAAUAUGGCUAAUAAUAGGAUGGUAAUAGUAAUUAGGAACCAGAGAAUAAGAAGCCAAAGUAUACCUUGAAAGUGUGACAAAUUUCUCUUUUCUAUGAACUUUACUGAACUUUCUACAAAAACAGUAGUGCUUAUGCAAACGUUUUCCACUAAACUGGAGGCUUAAUCUGGGGAGUUAGUAAAUUUGAAAGGCAGGUAGGGCAACCUAGAGUCUCCAUGAAUCCCGUAGCUGUUUCUGGAGUCCCCAAGAUGGUAUUCCUUCAUUAGGAGGCAAACUGCUAAAUAGCAUUAUUUUGCUGCUGAUCUUUGCUGCAAAAUCAAACGUAAAGACCUUUGGUAGGCUUGAUGCACUAAUUAAAUAAAAAACCACCUCAAAUAUUCCCUCCUUUCAAAGAGAAGGGAAAGAGGCAGAAAAUUAUGUCCCUGCUUCAUCAUCCAACCCCCAUCAUACCUCUUGAUCCUUGGCCAUUGGGGGAAAAAAAUGAAAAGGCACAACUCUUGAACUACCAAAAAAAGAGGAUACCUGUCCCUCUCCUAAGGUAACCCAGAAGGCCCUACAUGCUUCCCCCUUUAGCCAAAUGAGAGUGCCUUUGGACCCUUUUGAAAACGUUACCUAAAAGAUAACAGAGCUAGUGUCAACUUCAAGCACUGGGCUGAAGAUUUUUAAACAUUGCUGAAUUUGGGGGCAGUUUUUAGGGUGAGAAUGAGAGCAGCUUGCUUCAGAGGGGCCUCCCAUUCCCUAUCACUUCCUUAAAACUACUGUGGUCCUUAGUUCUUUGAACAUUGCCCAUGCUUGUUCUAAAUAAUUAUUGAAUAUAUAGGUAGUCCUCGUUUAGUGACUGCAAUUGGUUCCAGUGACUCAGUCAUUAAGUGAAGCGGUCAUUAAAUGAAAAUUACAUGACUGCGACUGCUUAUGAUUUUACUUCAGCUUUCCUCUUCCCCACUACCUUGCUCUUUGGAAUACUCACCCCAGCGCUGGAAUAAUUAGCAAGAAGAGAAUUAAUGUUUGUAUUUACAUUCAUUGGAGAGGAAGGGAUGACAAGAGAGC